AUGGGUAUAUCCGGAUCUGGCAAAAGUCAUCUUGGAAAUUUAAUUUCACAUGAACUUGAUGCCCCUUUCAUUGAAGGAGAUGACAUUCAUCCACCUUCCAAUGUUCAAAAAAUGUCAUCAGGGAUUCCACUCAAUGACCAAGAUCGAGAGGUUUGGUUAGAUGCUAUUAAAACGGAAAUCACAAACAUAUCUAAAUCAUCUUCAAGUAGACCAUAUUUUUUUAUAACUUGUUCCGCGUUAAAAUUUCAAUAUCGGGAAUUUCUUAGUAAAGUUACUAAUGAUGAUUUAAAAAUUUGGUUUAUAUAUUUAAAAGCAAGUAAAGAGGUAUUAAAGCAAAGGAUGUUAAAUAGACAGAAUCAUUUUAUGAAGGAAAACAUGUUGGAAUCACAAUUUGAAACUUUCGAAGAACCUAAGGAUACUGAAGAGAAAAUUAUUAUUAUCGAUGCUAACAGGGAAGAUAAUGAAAUUAAAGAAGACAUUCUUAAAAAAAUAAAAGUUCUUGAUUUAUAA